CACCUAUAAAUUGUAAUGCCAACCAACAUGGACGACGACCACUUUUACUCGUCUCUCCAAGAACUCAAGCACCAGCUUGAUCUCAUGAACAAACGUACUGCACUCUUCUUACAACAACACUCACUCCAAAAUCCUUCGCCAAACAUGUCUCCACCAGAGACGUCUUUGCUCUAUCCUAGCAUCUUUGACCGACGCCCUGUCGACAAACCGCAAAUUGUACCCAUGCAGCAAUUCGAUCAAAAGCUCCAUGCUCUGGAAGCCCAGCAAAAAGCCAUGGCUGAGGACCUCGCCGAUCGCUUCACUGAUAUGGAAAAUGAACUAGAUUCUCUCUCCGAACAAGUCAAUCAGAUGCACUCAGGUAAAUCUCAGUUUACUCCACCUGAGUCACCAACUCCAUCAACCUCCCCUGCUUCACCCACUCCCUUCAUCACACCAACCUCCCCUACUCCAUCAACCCUCUCUGUUCAAGACACUUUGAACCCCAACGCCUCUCCUCUCGACACAUCAACAAUGUCGAAACCACCUGCCACUGUUGCCGAUCUUGGCGGCUACUUUUACCCUAACCGCCAUCACGCUUCUCCCAGUGACGUGCAGUACAUCUCGGACGCCUCGAUCUUCGUUGGCAGAGUAAAUCGCGCACUUCGCACAAAGUCCAUUCAAAACCUCGAAGCUUACCUCAAAGGCUCCGCUCUGCGAUGGUUCCACAUUGGCCUCAGCCUCGAUGGCUCUCAUUCUUAUGAUGACGACAAAGGACAGAUGGACUUGACCAAGUUCUGCGAGUCGCUGAUAUACCUCUUUGGCAUACCAGGUUUUGUGGCAGAGGAGUCCCAUGAACAAGCCCGCUACCUCAUCAUGGCUUCGAUGCGCAGCAACAUCCUCGAGGAGUACGCCUUUCCUGCUCUUGAAGCUCUGCGUCGACAGACUACUCUUGGCCAGCCAGACGUUGACGCCAACGCUGCAUUGCGCAAGGCAGUUUUGAAAUACAACAAGGAUCAUCCCAUGCUUAGUGUCGAUCUGGACAUCCUCAGUGGCCAGGAUGCUCUCGUCGAUUUGGCGCGCCUUCGCCAGCAAGAGUUCGACAUCAGACGCGAGAGAACAUCUCUUACCCUCAAGAAGCUGCACGACCCAAAGGCAAUCUCUGGUCAGGCUGCGCCUGAUGCUUCAAACAAAUCAACCCUAGUCCAUGAGUUCCUCUCGGCUAGCAAAGACGCUGCAAAGGUUGACCAUGAAGAUGUCCCUACGCAGAGACCGUCAUCAGUCAACGACAAACUCCUACCAAGCACCCAGAUAAACAAAGAGUCUCGCUCGACUGAUCAAGAAGGAAAGGUUGAUACAUAUUCCGUGUCCCAAGAUGGCCAUCAACAGCAACCCAGAUGCACACAAUCCGUGUCUAGGGCAUGCAAGACUGAAGAGUUUACUCGAUGCAAGACUCAAAAGUUUACUCACAAGACCAAGCGUUCUCCUAGAACUGUUGUCCAGCCUGGUACCUUUUGGUCGAACUCCGACUCCACCAAGUCCGGCACACCUGUACAUGGCGAGAUUGACUCUGGUACUUCACGUCCUUCUGACAUCCCAUCUCAGAGCAUGUUCACCUUCCCAUGCUUUGCGCCUGAUCCAUGUCCCAUGCCCCCGCACACGCUGUGUCCUCCUCCGCCUAGCGAUUUGAAUUUGACGCCCGAUGUCAACAGACGCCUGAAGGAGCUGCAAGGCACCACAUCACACGACGCUUCUGACUCGAAGGAAGAGGCGCAAGGUUUGGAGAUCCCCACGUACGGUCGUGCCAAACCUUUGGGGCCCAAGCAAGGACCUGUUGCUCCCGUGACAGUCGACAAGUCGCACAUGAGGUACCAGCACUCGGUCUCGCACCUGCCAGAUGACUCCACGGACUUUAUGGAGUCCUUUGCCUCUGCGAAGAAUUCUUCGUACCGUGGAUACCCUCAACUGAACACAACCUACUACGCCCCUGAGACUGCGGUCGACUGUCUUUCUGGAUAUCCUAGGCUCCCGUUCGGCCCACCCGUUCAACAUCCUCUAGUCCACCCGACCGCCUACCGCCCAAGUGAGGGAUUGUUUGCAUACAGCCAUCCCAGACCAGCACAGAGAAAGCCUCGCAACCUCCCUUCUGUCAUCCCCGUUGACUACCACACGCUUUGCCCAGGCCUACCAGGACCACCACCACAGAGCACUAACGCCCUCCCUCCUAUCGAGAAACCCUACAGACCCUACUACAACCACAUGCACAGCAGAGGUCCAACUUCAGCCACGUCGACACAGGCAAAGAACUACUCUCAGCUCCGCUCACUCCACGACGACGCAUCUGGAGGUUCCUCUGGUUAUGGCUAUCCUUUGUUCAGCUCUGUCCCCUCGGGUUUCAUGACUCCCAAGGAAGACACUGAAAUGAUCAAGGACAUGGAAAUCGAAAUCGAAAAUCCCACCACAACCAGACCCACUGGAUCGGGAUCUGAUGUUCCUGCUAAUGCUAAUGCUCAAGCUGAAGCACCCGCCGAAGGAAGUCCUGCUGAGUCUGCCACUCCCGCACCUAAAGCUGCACCGAAGUCAUGGGCAGAUUUGAUGCGCUCGAAGAACUCAGCAGUAGCUGCUGGCGCGACUGCGUCUGCCAUCGCAUACCCGUACUCUAUCGACAAGGGAGUGAAAAUGGAGGACAAGGAUGACGAACUGCCUUCCAGACUCUCCCGUGAUGGAAGAUUUUGAGCCGUAACAGCAGACUCCCAGAGGCGAAGGCGAACGAGGAAAAGACACGAUAACCAACGAAGGAGGGAAUGAGGAAAAGACACGAUGAACCACGAUGGAAUGAUCUCAGGCACAGAAGCGAUACGGUAACCCGCUCCAACUCACGAACAAUCACAAAGAAUUCAAAGGAGGGAAAGCAGGCUACAACACCACAGCUAUCAACGCCCGUCUGAAGAGCUGCAAUAACAGCAUACCCAUAACAUCAUGCUCAUGAAAGCAUACGAGGGAUGAAACCCACGAAAGACACGAAACACACCUACGUAGAAGAACAACUGCAAUGAGAAAAGAUGCUUUUAGCAU